AUGUCGAGCGUCACAGCAACUCGUGUGCGAGCAUUCAACGCUCUCCGCCGGCCUCAAUUUGGGCUAGGUGAUAUCCCAAACCACUACCAUUUCUCAGUGAGGUCCUUGCCUAUGGUUCCAGGCAACGCUGUCUUCCUCGCCAAUCCAUUCAACGGUCACAGACAUACUGAAGGCCGUACACGCAUCACACCUCUCAGCCUUGAGGAACAGGCCAACGUCAUCGUUCCUCUACUACUCGAGUCGUUCGUCACACGAUUCGAUUCUGAUGGCCAGCUGCAGUUUGUCAUGGAAGACAGCAUGACUCCCUGGGCACCAUGGAGUUGGAGUACAACUGACGAAGGCCUCGCCCAGGCUGUUUCCAACCGACUUGCUGCCGUGGGCGUUCGACAAGAACUGUGCACCGUGACUGUCGCCCCUGCCGAGGAGACUCAGGCGGCUAAUAUCUCCUGGCGUGGAUUCUAUAGUGAGGUUGCGGCGGCCAUGGCGGGUAUCCCGGAGGAUCAGCUGGCUGGAAGCAUCACCAGCUGCUGCGGUGUUUGUGGAUUUACUCCCUCUUUGGAUACGUCUUUGAUGCGUUGUGGUCGAUGCAAGCAGACUACUUAUUGUUCGAAGGCUUGCCAGAAGGCAGACUGGUCCACGCACAAGGGUGACUGCAAGGCCCCUGCUGCUUAG